CGAGUAGAAGGACUGAAUGUGAAUUAUACGACGAUGAGUAUCGUCCUCCUAUCCCAAAGGAAAUCAAAUUCGAGACAGUGGAUGAGGUGAAGCACCGAAGUGAACAUAGCUCGAGAAGCAACAGCAAUGGCGCUUCUCUGCUCGCCUUCUCUGUUCGUUUCCCACCAUGGGCGGCAGCCCCUUCUAUACAGUAACGAGAGCAGAAUCUUGCUAAACCAGAGGAAAUGCGAGUUAAAAGUGGACAAGAUUUCCAUGGUCUGUAGCUCUUGUGGCGCUUCUUCUUCUUCCUCCUCGCCGUCCUCUUCAAGACCCAGUUCGGGAAACGGGGUUUUGAGACGGGAUUUGAUGCUGUUUGGGCUCUGUUCUUCUCUGGCUUCUGUGGCGCCAAUUUCAGAGUGUCUGGCGGAAGAUGAUGUGAAAAUGGGUUCAAUGGUUGAUGAGAUUAAUGCCUACAGUUACUUAUAUCCAAUGGAAUCGCCGUCCAAGAAGUUCACCUUCAAAUGGGUGGAAUCAAGAAAGCCGGAGCGAUACUCAUCAGCUGCACCAUUAUCCCCUGAUGCACGGCUUAGGAUUGUUUCUGAGCGUGUUGAUAUCAUUGACAACCUCGUGAUUUCUGUUUCGAUAGGCCCUCCGAAUGUUGAGUUCAUAAAAUCCAAGGACAAGAGCAGCUGGAAUGCCAAAGAUGUGGCUGACUCGGUUUUGUCCGACAAGUCUGCACUGCGUGUCACAUCGAGUCAGCGACUGGCUGAGAGCUCUCUUCUUGAUGCACAUACAACUGAAAUUGAUGGACAGCCUUACUGGGUCUAUGAGUAUCUAGUCCGCAAGUCGCCUACCAAAAAUGUUCAGGAACCAAGUCUCUACAGGCACUAUGUUGCCUCAACGUUCGAAAGAGACGGUUAUUUGUACUCGCUGAGUGCUUCGACUCUCAACAAACAGUGGGACAAGAUGGGACCUUUCCUUGAGAGAGCUGUAUCAUCAUUUCGCCUUCUUCCUCCCACAGAUGAAUAUGUACCCCCAUUCAAAGACCCUUGGAGAUUUUGGUGAAGAGUUCUUUCAUUUCCCAUUUUCUUACCACGAUUAGUUGAAAGCUGAGUUUCCUUUGUUACCUCUGGUUGUCUGGCUCCAUAUGUAUGCAUGAGAAUAUAUAUUUGAAGCGCCACAAUUGCCCAAACUGAAUCGUACCGAAAUAAGGAUUCAUAUUUCAGUCCGGUACCCAGGUUAUUUUUGGAAUCCCACCCGAACCGAGCCAGAAACCAGAAAUCUGAAAGUUUAGAUCUUGGGCAGCUGCGAGACUUGAGGGAUUGGAGGUAAAGAAAACUCAAUGGUGAUUGCAAACUAAGGCUAGUGAUUAUAGACCAGCUCACACAUUUCCAUAAGCUAAAGAAUAAAUGGAGUAUAUGUAC